AUGCAGACUCCUACAAACCGCAUAUCGUCUGCGGCUGAUCCAAAUGCGGUGUCCUUGCUGACUACGCUACCCCCUGAACUUCGUAAUUGCAUCUACGAAUGGCUGUUCAAGAGCGACGAUCCAGUCCUACUCCACAAUCCGCAUUCAUUUCACGAGGCAGGACCGUCACUGAAAGUGUAUAACGGCUGGCCCGACCCCCAGAAAGCCGAUGACCGACGCUUACAAGUGUACUACAGUAGCUACGAGGCUGAAGUUGGAACCGAUGACGUCUUCCGACAUGAUUUCCACGAAGGCCUCGCUUUGCUAUCGUCUUGCCGCCAGAUACAUGACGAAGCCUCCGGGAUCCUAUACGGCGGCAACACCUUUGUAUUCUCUAGAGUGCUUCAACUUCACCAUGCGGACGAUGACUCUCUGGACACUCUGCACGAAGAUGAGGACUACUUCCAGGUCAACUACGCAGCUCAAUGGCUAAACACAAUUGGAUCGCAGUUCUGCUACCUCAAGGAUGUCAUAAUCGAUACAGACACGAUGUGUGGUUGGGGCCGAUGUUGGGGCAAUGAGAGGAUCGAGCUCCUGCCUCUGGUACGGCUUGUCUGGAAGAAUGCGGACUUCUUCAACGUACUCUCAUUCGAAAGCACUGGCAGGUUACCAGUCUGUCAUAAGCUCAACGGCAAGAUGGAUGAUGGGUCAAAGCUGACGCCCAUUGACAUCGCAACCUUCCUUAAUAACUUGUUUACGGCCUUGGCGAGGGACGACGUUCUCGACAUCCGCAAGUAUCGCAAGUCUAACCGUCUCAUGGAUUAUGUUAGCAUACAUUCAUUUACUCGAUUCCCACCAAUAGGCUCUAUGGGCUUCCGUUUCAAGGAAGGAGGAGAAGGAAGAGACUCGCGGUCGUUUGUCGUACUUGAACAAGGCAAAAAGCUUCGAUGGAAGCCAAAGAAGAAGCAUUAA